ACCUUUUGGUGCUCUCCGACGGCCGUUGCUGUUUCCCUAGACUGAGAAGGCACGGUCGGGUUUUGCAUCUCGUGGGGAGCAAGAGAGCGGAGAAUAUGGGUUGCCAAGUUGAUGUUCAAACUUUCAAUGUUGCACUGUGGGUACCUCUUACCAUGCUUGCGAUGGGUACCGGUUGCCAUAUAUUCCGACUUGCUGCACCCUACUUUUCUCCGCUGAUCUCAUCUCCUCCUUCUUCUGCCACUCCAAUUGACAUUUCAACGAACUGAGCGAACAUAUAUCUCGCCCAGCAUGUUUGGCAAGAAGUACUAUGGCCUCACAGGCACCAAGCUGAAUAUCGCGGUCGGUGUCAUUGCCGGUCUCGAUUUCUUGCUGUUUGGUUAUGAUCAAGGUGUCAUGGGCGGCCUGCUUACGCUCAAGUCCUUUGUCAAUACCUUCCCCGAAAUCGAUGUCGAAAAUCCUCCUAUGGGCAUCUCUAGAGCAUACACUUCGACGGUUCAAGGUAUCUCGAUCGCUUGUUACAACCUGGGAUGUUUUGUCGGAGCCCUUGCUACGAUCUGGAUCGGUGACUGGCUUGGACGUCGUAAGACUAUCUUCUUGGGUUCUGCCAUCAUGGUCAUCGGUGCCACAUUACAAACUUCUGCUUUCUCUCUCGGCCACUUAAUCGCCGGUAGAAUCAUCACAGGACUUGGUAACGGCAUGAACACGUCAACGGUUCCUUCCUGGCAAAGCGAGUGUUCCAAAUCACACCGUCGCGGUCAGAUGGUCAUGAUCGAGGGUGCUUUGAUUACCGGCGGUGUUAUGCUUUCCUAUUGGAUCGACUUCGGGUUCUCUUUCCUCGAGCCAUCGACAAUCUCGUGGAGAUUCCCCAUUGCUCUGCAGAUUCUAUUUGCUUUGAUUAUUCUGGUCUUUGUCAUGGGUCUUCCAGAGUCACCCAGAUGGCUUGUCAUGAAGGGCAAGGAAGAUGAGGCUAUGAAUGUUCUCUGCGCGUUGAACGACAGGACCCCCGAUGAUACCUACAUUAUCGCCGAAUUUACCGCGAUCAAAGACUCUGCGAUGGUCAUGCAACAAGGAGGCUUCAGGGAUCUCUUCACUAUGGAUGAAGACCGCAACUUCCACCGUGUCGUCCUCGCCUACGUCAAUCAAAUGUUUCAGCAGAUCAGCGGAAUCAACCUCAUUACAUAUUAUGCUGCCAACAUCUAUGAGACUAGCAUUGGUCUUUCGCCUUUCCUCUCGCGCAUUUUAGCUGCCGCCAACGGUACCGAGUAUUUCGCCGCUUCUUGGAUCGCUGUCUUCACUAUUGAGAAGUUUGGACGUCGUCAACUCAUGUUAUUCGGUGCUGCAGGUCAGGCUGCUUCUAUGGCUAUUCUUGCUGGAACCACUUCUAGAACAUCGAGCGGUCUCGGUAUCACUGCUGCCGUAUUCCUGUUCGUCUUCAACACCUUCUUCGCCAUCGGUUGGCUUGGUAUGACUUGGUUGUAUCCGGCCGAGAUCGUCCCUCUUCGCAUUCGCGCCCCUGCCAAUGCUCUGGCUACCUCUGCUAACUGGAUCUUCAACUUUAUGGUCGUCAUGAUUACCCCAGUUGCCUUCCAAACCAUCGGCUACCAAACCUACAUCAUUUUCGCGGUCAUCAACGCCUUUAUCGUUCCCUGCGUCUACUUCUUCUACCCUGAAACACGCCUCCGCUCCCUCGAAGAAAUGGACGAAAUCUUCCACAAGACCACCUCCAUCUUCAACGUGGUCAAAGUCGCCCGCGAAACCCCCAACCGCUACGGCAAAAAGGGAGAAUUACUCAUCAACUACAUGGACACCGAAGCCGCUGCCGGUGCUCGUCGCAGAAGCUCGCUGGUCGAGCCAAAGUACGGCAAGACUGGUGGUAAGAAUGAUGGUGAACAGAUUGAGAGACUGGAGCAUGGAUAUGGAUCUAGUUCUGGUGGAUCGCAGAAUGAGAAGGUUUAGAUGUGGGUAUCCAUGAUGGGUCAUGGAUUUUGGGGACGAUGAUGUUUUUUUUCUCCUUUUCUUAUGUUUAGAUACCACUUUCUGAGGUCCUGGCAAUUGGCGAGCUAGAUUCGCUGUCGGGACAAUGUUACUUUUUUACCUUG